AUGCCGCCAGCAAAAGAGUAUCAAAUUAUGCGCAAAGACCGCCUGCAGACUGUCUCGAAGGCCCAAUAUUACCGUUUAAAAGCACAAGACGAUGGUGCAAGUACGCGAACUGCAGAGCUUCAGGCACUUUUAGUCUCUCGAGCACACAACACCACAGCUACUGUCACUAGUGCUGCUCCGAUCGCUUCAUCAAGUGCCUCUGCUGGCACCAGUGGUACGGAUAUGUCAGUCGAGCCAACAAGAGAGCAGUCUCAGUCGAUUCAAAGGGAUGCUAUGGGCAUGGAUCUUGAUCAGAGCGCACCCGAAGACCAGUUAUAUAACGACGACGACCUCUAUAGGCAGGGCGACUAUGCAGAUGAUCUUCCAGACCAGCCUGCCGCACCUCCUGAUCCCCUCCAACACGAAGACCCACCUAUACGAGGCUCCACCAGAGCCUCACCCUGGUGA